GGUCGGGGGUCAGGGAUGUGCGGUUGCGGGGGAUUGGGCGCGGGGAAGUAUGUUUGAGUAGAAGAGAAGAGAAAAGAAGAGAGAAGAAAGACUUUCGGGGUCAGUCCAGUCUGGGUCCACUUGGCACCCGCCCAUCGCCCCCCUCCCCCCCUCGUCCUCCUUCCGCAAGACAAUUGUCUCGUCGCAAUAUGGACUCUCUCUUGUGACGAGAAACGAAUGAAAUAUAACAUUUGCGAUCAAGCCUUCGUUCGAGAGUGUAUUGUUUUUGGCACACACAGACGCUCGAAAUGUAGAAAGAACCUCCUCCUCGUGGCCUUCGACAUUCCUCCCCCUCCUCCGCUUUUGCAAUCCUGCUCCAUAUCUUCGCCCUCCCAGCAACAUGGCCACCACGGAUUCACCCCUGGACUUGUCCAAGCUCAACGCGCUGUCCCACGAGGUCAUCUCCAAGCAGGCCACGAUCAACAUCGGUACCAUUGGUCACGUAGCCCACGGUAAAUCCACCGUUGUCAAGGCCAUCUCCGGUGUUCAGACUGUUCGUUUCAAGAACGAGUUGGAACGCAACAUUACCAUCAAGCUAGGAUAUGCCAAUGCCAAGAUCUACAAGUGCCAAAAUGAGGCGUGUCCACGUCCUGGAUGCUACAAGUCAUACCGCAGCAGCAUGGAAGAUCACCCCAAGUGCGAACGCCCUGGAUGUGGUGGUAUCAUGAAGUUGGAGAGACACGUCUCGUUCGUCGAUUGCCCAGGACACGAUAUUCUCAUGGCAACGAUGUUGAACGGUGCCGCCGUCAUGGAUGCCGCACUGUUGUUGGUCGCCGCCAAUGAAUCUUGCCCUCAGCCCCAGACCAGUGAACAUUUAGCCGCUAUCGAGAUCAUGAAGCUGGAGCACAUCAUCAUUCUGCAGAACAAGGUCGACCUGAUCAAGGAGGCCGCCGCACAGGAGCAUUACCAGAGUAUCCUCCAGUUCGUCAAAGGAACCAUUGCGGACUCUGCGCCGAUUGUCCCGAUCUCGGCUCAGCUCAAGUACAACAUCGAUGCUGUGAAUGAAUACAUUGUCAAGCGCAUCCCUGUUCCCGUUCGUGACUUCACGUCAGACCCCCGUCUCAUUGUCAUUCGUUCGUUUGACGUCAACAAGCCUGGUGCUGAGGUUGACAGCUUGACUGGAGGUAUUGCUGGAGGCUCCAUUCUUAACGGAGUCUUGAAGCUGGGAGAUGAGAUUGAGAUUCGCCCGGGUAUUGUGACAAAGGACAAUGAGGGCAAGAUCAAGUGCAGACCUAUCUUCUCACGAAUUGUCACACUGCUGGCAGAGACCAACAACUUGAAGUUUGCAGUGCCCGGUGGUCUGAUUGGUGUGGGCACCAAGAUCGAUCCCACACUCUGCCGUGCAGAUCGUUUGGUCGGUCAGGUCUUGGGUGCGGUCGGAAAACUACCUGAGGUCUACUCUGAACUCGAGAUCAACUACUUCUUGCUCCGUCGUCUCCUCGGUGUCAAGACUGAUGACAAGAAGCAGGCCAAGGUCACGAAGUUGACGAAGAACGAGGUUUUGAUGGUCAACAUUGGUUCGACCUCGACUGGUGGACGUGUUAUCCAGGUCAAGAACGAUAUUGCCAAGAUUGCGCUCACCGGUCUUGCAUGCUCAGAGACUGGUGCCAAUGUUGCAUUGUCACGUCGUAUUGCCAACCACUGGCGUUUGAUCGGAUGGGGGAAGAUCACUCGUGGCUCUGCUGUGCCUAUCUAAAGCAAGGAGCCAAGUUGAAGGGGAGAGAUAGAAGGAGUCAAAUAAAAUGGAGAAUGCGAGCUUGUAUGUCCGACAAUUCUACGGAUGAGAAUGAGAU